CUGUACUCUACUGCUGCCGAAGCAUCUGUCUGGCUGCCCGUAGGAGCUUAUCACGGGAACCGGAGAUUAUCACACGAUUUUGUGUGUAAUUCCCAGAAUCUCGCAAUUGCUCUCAACAAGCAGAUUUAGAGGCGACGCUGUGAACGAUCUGGCUUGGGUGCGGAGAUGAGCUUCUUGGCAAAAAUUGUGCUUUUGACGCGGCGGCUGCUAGCUGCUACGCCGCAGGCCUAAGUGUUUUCCUUCUAAUUCCUUGCCGCAAACGUGUCUCCUAGAUAUAUGUUGCGACGUCGCCAACAUGCAUCCUCCUACCCUCCUCCUGAUUGCCCUCACAACCUGCGUCGUCACCGCGACCAGUGCAGAGACCGUCCCAGCGGCCAUCACCCGCGCCCCCCGAGCCGUCGACCCAGAGGGUUGUCCUACCGAGUUCCUAACCCAGGAGGGUUUGGACGUGCCCAAGCCAACCGGCUCUCUGGCCGACGAGAUCCAAUUCUACGGCUGGAAGCUGUACAAGUCAUGCAUCACUGCUACUGCUACUGUUACUGCCACCGACGUUGACAGAUGCCCGUCCUAUGCCGCGUCAGACUGGUGCGGCUUCACUACUGCUGCGCCGACAAGCGUCCUCCCGGCCUAUUCGAUAUACGCUAGCCAGGCGUACUCAUGGUGGAUGGAGCAUAGCUCUGCGCUUGUCUACAUGAGGGACAAUUGCCCUAAUACUUGGGAGCAUGGCCGGUGGCGUGAUGGAGACGGCGAGAGGUGGAUUCAAGACACCUAUGUCGUUGGUGCAUGCUAUGCCGAAGCGCUUAUGACUGCUGAGCUGGCGCCGACGGGGGUGGCUACGGGGGGGUCGAGCACGACGGAGCUGGCGGCUACGGGGGUGUUGAUGACGACGGGGCUGGCGGUUACGGGGGCUUCGACCGCGACGAAGCUAGCGGCUACGACCCUCGCGGAAACGGCUGUGGGAAGCGCGACUCCGACAUCGACGGACGCGCCGAGUGGUGGGAUGGGACGCUUGAGCGCGGAGAUGUGGGUGGCUGCGCUUGCGGGGAUCGCUGCUGUUGCGGGAGGCUACGAGUGGUAGGGAGUGGGCAUAUUUGUGCGAGAGGUGCUGUAUUGUAUAGUUAGAUACCCUAAUUGGUGCGUGAUGUAUGCGUUGCUGCUCUAGAUGCCUACGGUCCAAAAGUACAAGGCAGGCGUUAAGGGAUACACAUAAAAGGGCAGAAGCUCAACAGUAGACUAUAGUGUAUAGAAUAAAUGGAUCAAUUGAAUUACCAUACU